CCUGCGCCUGGGCCGCCAGUGACCUGGGCCGGGUCCGCCCGGUGGGCCAAGGUUGCAGAGGAGGCGGCGGGUGGUACGGCGGCGAGGCGGCGCGACGGGCGGGGGCCGACUCCCGGAGGCCGCCGUCGGGGCGAGGUGUCCUCAUGACUUCCCCUGCAGACCAUGUCUAUGAUCCUUUUUGCCUGUGUGGUGAGGGUGAGGGAUGGACUGCCCCUCUCGGCCUCCACUGACUUCUACCACACCCAGGAUUUUCUGGAAUGCCGGAGACGGCUCAAGACUUUAGCCUUGCAACUGGCCCAGUACCCAGGUCGAGGUUCUGCCGAAGGACGUGACUUCAAUAUACAUUUUUCUUCUUUGCGGGAUGUGGCUUGCAUGGCUAUCUGCUCCCGCCAGUGUCCAGUGGCCAUGGCCUUCAGCUUCCUGGAGACCCUGUGGUGGGAAUUCACAGCUUCCUACGACACCACCUGUAUUGGCCUAGCCUCCAGGCCAUACGCCUUUCUCGAGUUUGACAGUAUCAUUCAGAACGUGAAGUGGCAUUUUAACCAUGUAAGUUCCAUUCAGAUGGAGAGCAGCUUGGAAAAAAUUCAGGAGGAACUGGAGUUCCAGCCUCCAGUGGUUCUCACUCUGGAGGACACGGAUGUGGCAAAUGGGCUAAUGAACGGUCACACACAGAUACACUUGGAGCCUGCUCCUAAUUUCCGAAUGGAACCAGUGACAGCCCUGGGUGUCCUCUCACUUAUUCUCAACAUCAUGUGUGCUGCUCUGAAUCUCAUCCGUGGGAUUCACCUCGCAGAACAUUCUUUACAGGUUGUCCAUGAGGAAAUUGGAAAUAUUCUGGCUUUUCUUAUUCCUUUUGUAGCCUGUAUUUUCCAGUGUUAUUUGUACCUGUUCUACAGUCCAGCCAGGACUAUGAAGGUGGUGUUCCUGCUGCUCUUUAUCUGCCUGGGCAACAUGUACCUGCACGGGCUGCGGAACGUCUGGCAAAUCCUCUUCCACAUAGCGGUGGCUUUUCUGUCCUCGUAUCAGAUCCUGACCAGGCAGCUUCAGGAGAAGCAGUCUGACUGCGGAGUUUGAAGGCGACACUGUAUGACGAACGGAUCCUUUGGCUUUCUCAGGAGGGUCAUCUCUGUUUCCCUUCUGGCUUCUCGACUUCACCUCAAGUUUCCACCCUUGAAGUUCCCUUCAACCAAACCAGGCCGAGCCCGAGAAAGUGGGGGAUUUUUAACAGGUGCAGUGGAAGGCAGGAGGUGGCUUGAGACCCAGGCCCGGUUUUGUGCUGAGCGUUACGGCCAAAUCUCCAGGUCUGCACCUCUCCUUAGGUGAGGAUCUGGGGGCUCACUCCCAGGGAGCAUUAUUGGAAGAUCAGAACGGAAUUGUUUUGGUCUUUAAAUUGAAUGAUGCAAUAAACCACGAGAUUCAAUAACA